AUGUUGUCUAGGAAAAGUGUCCCAUCUUCAAAUGGUAAAACUCUACCACCAUCAAAUCAGGUCGAUUCACAAAUCCAAGAGCAAACACCUCCGCCGGACAACUUUUCGAGUAUGAAGCCAUGUUCUCAUAUCAAAUCAGUCCUUGAAUCUAAAGCAAAAGAUAAUGUAUUUAUUACGUAUAGACAAGCGGUCUAUAUUGCACAGUCUAUAUCAAAAGAUAAUAUAUAUACUCAGAAGAAGGAUGGUGCAGUAGUCUCAAAUAACAAACUUGUGGAAUUGAAGUCUAAGUCUUUGAGAUGCACGGAAUGUUCACUAAACAAUUUCCAUCAUAACUUUAUCUGUCUACAAUGUCCUCAUGUGGGAUGUUGUUCCCACCAUAAUCAUGCUUAUGUUCACUAUAAAAUGAACCAGCAUUUGUUUGCCAUUGAUUCGCAUAAUGGGUUGCUCUACUGCUUUCUGUGUGGCGAUUAUAUUAACGACCCGGAGUUGGAAAAGAUCCGAAUUGGCAUGUCUAAUUCUUCAGGUUACAGAUCGCUUGAUGAGGAAGAAACCGAAGCCAAUUAUGAUAAUCCAACUAGCAAAGCCGUUAGUGGGUUAAAAGGGUUCAUCAACCUUGGAUCUACUUGCUUUAUGAGUUGCAUCUUACAAACUUUAAUUCAUAAUCCAAUCAUAAAAUACCAAUUUUUUAAUAAUGAUUUGCAUUAUUUCAAUUGUGAACAUAAUUAUGAUUAUAUCACAAAUGGUGCUAUUACAGAAGAGAAUGCUUGUAUUACAUGUAGCAUCGAUAAUAUUUUCAAAAACUUCUUUACUUCAGAUGAUACAGAAGGAUUUGGAAUGACAAACUUACUUAUGACCUCAUGGUUCAAGAAGAAAUCACUAGCAGGAUCACAAGAACAAGACGCUCAUGAAUUUUGGCAAUUUUUACUAAAUGAAUUUCACCAAGAUUAUCAUAGAGUGUCAAAAGAAAAAUUUGAUCACGAUCAUUGCAAGUGUAUAACUCAUUCAACGUUUUCAGGUCAAUUGGAGAGUUCCAUCAUUUGUUCUGAAUGUAACUCCACGACUAAGACAACAGAUCCUAUGAUUGACUUGUCCUUAGAAAUUGAUCAUAUGAAAAAGACAGAUCAUUCCCUCAACUUAUAUGAUUGCCUUGAUUUAUUCACAAAGGAAGAGAAGCUAGAUGUUAUGUAUAAAUGUCAGCAUUGUGAUAAUAGAUCCAGAGCCAAAAAGUCUUUAAGGAUCAAGAAGAUUCCACCCGUUCUAUCAAUUCAACUAAAAAGAUUUAAACAUAAUUUGCAUAACGAUACGUUUUCUAAAAUUGAAAUUCCAAUAGAUAUUCCAUUAUUUUUGAAUAUCACUAAAUAUACUUCGGCCUCAAUAUCACCAGAACUCGAUGGUGAUAAAAUAUUUGAGUUGUUUGCAUUAGUUUGCCAUAUUGGGUCUGUCAACACAGGUCACUAUAUAGUAAUCAUUAAGAAUGGUAAUGGCCAAUGGCUUAAAUUUGACGAUAGUGUCAUUUCAUUAAUAUCUCAAGAGGAGGUCGUAAAAGCCAAUGCCUAUUUAUUAUUUUACAUAACUCAUAAAAUUUAA